AUGCAAACCGCCAUUGGCAAUGGCGAGUUCGCUGCGGAUUGGACACGUGGAAUGCAAACCGCCAGCGGUGCUGGCGACUUCACUGAACGUGGCAUAUCGCCACUUCCACUGGCGACACAGCCAGUGGUUCUGAAAUUGCUGAUAGACGAAGAACAGUGGAUGUAUGAUAGUAUCAUGUCUGAAGAAGUUGACAUGAAUGUUGAAAAAGAGGAAGAUGCUGACGUGAAAGUAGAACACGUUGAUUGCUCUGAUGCCUUUAAUACUUCUCAGUUGUUUGCUACCCGUGAUGAAGUUUUACAUUGGGUUCGAGCGGUGGCUCAUGAAAUUAGAUUUGUUGCCGUGAUAAUGAGAACAUGCACUGGCAAUAGAAAAUAUGGAUGCUCGUUUAAGUUGCGUGCGAAGCUAGUUUUGGGAGGAGAAAGAUGGAUGGUGAAGUUAAUUUGUGGGACUCACAAUCAUGAAAUGGCAAAGUCAUUUGUUGGGCAUUCAUAUGUUGGUCGACUGACUAAAGAUGGGAAGAUUGUUGUUGCUGAUAUGACGAAGUCCAUGGUGAAGCCAAGAAAUAUUCUUUUGAUGUUGAAGUAG